ACACACGGCACGAGUUUCACCUUGCUGGACACCGAGGCAGCAGCACCCGACAGCACCGACCUGAGAUGCCGAAAUACUGUUCGGUUCCGAACUGUAAGAAUGACUCCGGGAACCGUAACGACAGGAAAAGCUUCUACAAGUUCCCUCUACAAGACCCGGUCCGGCUGCAGCAGUGGCUGAGGAACAUGGGGCGUGAGAGCUGGAUGCCCUCUCGACAUCAGUAUAUUUGCCAUGAACAUUUUGCUCCUUCGUGCUUCAAGGUGCGAUGGGGGAUCCGUUACCUUGAGAGCGAUGCUGUGCCCACAGUAUUCCAGGAGGCCGAGAAACGAAAAGCCACGGAUCACAGCGACAGAAGGCCAAAAAGGCUUCGAGCUAACAGCAACCAAAGCAUGAUGGUGUCAGAUGACAGGACGGUGGCCGUUGAAGCUGUCGAGAUGGAAAGCACAUUGCACACAGUGCACCUGUAUGAGAUCACUGUCGACCCAACGCAGCAGGGUGAAACCAGCCUGGUGGAGUCGAGUGAUGUUGGGGGAUCGCACUGUUCUCUCCAGGCAGACCCGAACACGCUGGCAUCAGUGGACGGAUUCGAAACGGGGGCAAAUUUCCCACUAACCUUAUUCCAGGCCGUGGAUGAUCUAAGUAACAGUGGAGGAAACACAGAGGUGGUAGUGAUGUCUGAAUGCUCUGCUGGUGAAGGGCAAGAUGAGCUUGUGAAUGGAAUUGCUGCUGCCAUUUUAACUCAGGGCCACGGACUGGUCAUGAAUGACUCCACACUUGGCUGCACAGAUGAGGCCUCUCUCUGUGUUGAAGACGUGACUUGUACCACAGAGGAGUUCUUAGAUGUCCAGGAAGGCCGUGAAACUCAAGUCAUCGCCUACUUUGAGACGAUACCAAAUGUUUUACCCAGUGAAACCUCUACCCAGUUCACCUUCUCCCCGGACACAGUGCUGUCAUCUGCCCUGAGCUCCAAGCCCAUCACGUCCACGCUGCCUAUAGUGUCUAAACACGUUCCACCUUCCCCCACGUCCCUGGUCCUCACUGUGGAAAGACUGGACACAGACGGGGGAGAGGGGGAUGAUGGCAUGUCAGAGGAGGACAGCACUGAACAGCAGGAUCACCAGCUGGAGGAGCACUGCUACCAUAAGAACAGUCUGAGUAAGGAGCAGCUGGAGGCGAUUGUGACUGAGCUGCAGAAGAAGGUGAAAGUGCUGCAGCAGCGACACCGCCGACACCUGGAGAAACUUCUGGGCCUGGAGAACACGGUCAGCCAGCUGAGACAGAGCAACCUGCUGAAUGAAGAGCGACUGCAGCUGCUCGAGAGGGCUUACAUACAGACCAGUGCAGCAGUGUCCGACGCUGGUGAGACUGUGGCCAUUAUAUACGAAGAGGACGAUGCUGCGUACUUGUAUACGUCACUGAACGACACAGAGGAAAAGCUGUGAUGCCUGACUGACUGUGGACAUCCCAGCUGUGUGUCUGUCUGCUGCCCAUCGUGCCAAAAAAAUAACUGACAUGGCUGAUGCUGUUAAAAACAAAAUGCUACCUAAUGUUUGUUUUUUUUUUUUUAAAAAUGAUUCAACAGAAUAAGAUCUGUGUAUGAAAUGUGGCAGUGUGGUGUUGGAUCUGCUGUGAGCUUUGCACAAAUAGGGAUGAUUAAUAUGGGACAAUGUUGAAUGUGUUUUAUAAGGGUUUCACCUCUACCCCACCCCUCCUUCAACCAGUUUCUGUUUGAUAUAUUAAAGUAUUUUUGUUUGUGAUAA